GCGGACCGUGAUCUGCCUGAAUUUGAAUCGUGCACUGCAUCAAUAAGGCCCUUUCCGGUCCGGUUUAAGAUUGAAUCUUCCCUUCUCGGGCGGAAAUUUCAGGGUCGAAUUCCAUUCUCCUCUUAAUAUCUGUGUUUGUUCCUACUUUCUUGUUAUUGUUUCUCUCUUUUUCCCACUCGCUCUAUUUGCUUAAUAACAGCAAGAUAUACAUGAUGUUCCCGCCGCGAUCAGCGGGUGUAGGCGUUCUGGCACUAGUGAGCACCGCCACCGCAGCGCUCCCCAGGCUCGGAAACAUCACACUCUUUUCCGACACAGCUUGCACGGACGCAGUCUUCGUCAACAACUUCAUCGUCGGUCGCGACUUCUGCGCUCCAGCGGAUAACAGCGGUUCGGGUACCGGCAGUAUAUUUCAGUCCUACAUCUUGAAUGAGCGGCCGUUUUGCGACGAUGGGUGGCGCCCCUUGUUCAACGUCUACGGCGAUCUGGCAUGCGCUGAUUUGAUCGCCUCGUAUGAGCCGGGCCCGCUGUACGAUCCACCAGGGCCUGAUGCCGAUGGCACGUGUGUAGCGCCGGGUGGCGAGUAUAAGGCUGUUGCGUUUAUUUGUGAUGACUUUGAAGGGACGGGACCGGGCGUCUCGGGGACACUGCCGAGCCCGAGUACGUCUGCCACAAGGACACUUGGCUCGGUAACUCAGACCACUUCGGAAGAGAGGCCGUCAUCCCUCACUACGACUGGGUCAGCGACGGAGUCGGCAUCCUCGCAGAGUACCGUCACUGGGGAACAGCCUAGUUCUACUGCCGCGAUUUCCCGAUCUCAGGUCACUGGAAGUGCAACAACGACUUCGCGGGCGACGAACCUGUUGACAGCGACCAACGUGAUUCCCACAGCUCCAACUGCAGCAUUGACGGCUGGUGCCGCGUUGGCAUCCCCAGGCCUAGUUGUCAUUAUUGGUGGUUUACUUCCAGCAGUGAUCCUAGCCAUCUAGGUGACCAAAUGCUCACACAUGAUAUAGUAAUGGGACAUGACGGACGCAAACUUGCGGA